CACGUGAUUUGGCAACAUGGCCGCCUCCUGAAGGAAAGCGAGACGUAAUGUCAGAUCCAGUUGUGUAUUAUUUGUACAUUUGUGUCUUGUAUUUUUACUGAUAUUUGUAAUCUAAGUGUGUGUGAGAUGUUUAGUGCUGCUGUACACAGUGCUGCUCUCUCAGGGAGGAUGAAGCUCGCAGGUCAACGCUGUCUGUCUCUCAGGAAAAGUCUCCCCCGUAAUAAACCCCGAGAUGUUCCAGAGAUAAAGGGACUGGAGCGCAUCACCUACAGAGAGAGGAAGCAUUAUGUCCCCGGUUUGGCGAAGCCCGUGUUCCCGGACUGGGAGAAGGACUGGCACGAUCCGGGAACAUACAGAAGUCCUGUGGCCCAGAACAUGGAGCUGUACAAGGAGACACCGUGUUAUAUUUAUACACAGAGAACCAACCCUCUGGAAGGUGUGAGACAGGCGUUGUGGCUCACUAAGACUAAACUCAUCCCAGGUUUACCUGCUCAGCUCCUGGCGUUAGCAGAAGAUCCAGCAAAUCAUCUGGAGAAUCAGGAUGAACGAGUGCAGGACGCAAUCAGACACGCUCGCUUCUGGGACACUAACGAAGCUCGACCUCCUAAAGAGAGAUACUGUCCGUCUCUCUUACACAACCUUCUCCACCUGUGCCGAGGACGUCAGGUCUCUCAUCCGGCGCUCGCUCGCAGGAUGCUGGCGGAGAAGUACAGCCUGUCGGCCAGCUGGACCAGAGGUGAGGACCAGUUCCAGGUGCGAGGGCAGAACGGCUUCCUGUUGAGCAGCACGACUCCACUUCCUGCUGUGGCUUUAGAUGAGGAGAUUCGCUCCACAUCUGAUCAUGUCCUGGAGACCUUCUACCCCAUCUCCCCCACCAUCGACCUGCAGUGUACUAACGUCUACCAGCUCCAAAACCACACCGGUUUCAGAGAGGAUUACCCGUACCCUCACGCUCACACACUCUUCAUAACGGAGGCUGGAGAUGCUCCUACACUGAAACCCGAGCAGCUGAGAGCGAAGCUGGUGAUGUUUGCGUUCGGGAACGCCCUCGCUCGCGCCCGCGCUCUAUACGGGAACGAGUCCAGGGUUCUGGAGAAGCCCGUCGUCGUGCAGAGCGUCGGCACCAACGGCCGUCUCUUCCAGUUCGUAGUUUUCCAGCUGAACACGACAGACCUGGAUUCGGACAGCGGCGUGAAGAACCUGGUGUGGGUCGACGCCGAUCAGCAGCUCUACGACUUCGCCAAGGUCCGGCCUUACAUCAAGAAGAAGGUGGUGAAGGUUCCUGCUGGUUUGUCUGGAUAUCGACCGGAAACCUUCAAGAAAUUCCUGGCGCUUUAUCUGCACGGAGCCACAAACUGACCGCUGAUUGUUUUUAUUUUUUUUUUCCUCCUGUAAGUUUCUUGUAAUGUAAAAUACAAUAAUAAACAAAAUGAUCGUCUGAAA